GAAAGACUGUUUAUAUGGUGCAGGGCUGGGAUGCAGGUACUUCCUGUGGGACACUGCGUUCCUUGACCAAGUGUGUUCGAGUUUACAAAUCUGACAGAGACAUUUCACCAGGAUAUCGCUGAACCUGACAUCAACAAAAGUCUACAACUCCUUCAACGGGCCAGCACAGAGGAACCAGGGUGUUCUUCACAGCCUCGUUCAGCAACAAAUCCUCUUAGCACAUACGCAGCUAGCAAACUCGCCGACUCAGCUACCAUUGGCACAAGUAUACAUUAUCAGAGUGGAGCGUCCCUCGCUGCCUAGCAACUAGCCACUCUUAUCAAAUGGAAGCGUUCUGGAGAGUGAGUAUCGGCUUCUAUGAUUGGUCCAAUUCAUGAAAAGAAGAAUACCGAGAAACGCAAAGUACCAACACGUCAAGACCCGAUUGGAUACAGGAUGCAGCCUUACGAAGUACAUGGAAAGACUGGAGGAUAUUAAAAAAAAUUACAGGUACCGUGCAGACGAAAUAUUUAAGCGGUUAAAGGUGACUACAUUUGCCCAAUUGAUACUUCAGGUAGCCUCUGUGUCAGACCUGAAUAAAUAUGAGAAUGAUGGUGACUCACACUGCCCAGACGAUGCCCUGUCAGAGAUGUCUGAUGCAGACCUGGAGAGUUUGUCCGAACACACCAACGGUGCCCUACAGAUGUCACCACUUUCUGAUCCCCAUGAUGCAGGUGACACCAGGGAGAACUGCUACACUUCAAGGUCAACGCUGCUAAGCGUUGUCAGUGGUGUAGGAGAGCUGAGCCUCGGCAUGAAGUGUCAGAAGAUGGACAAUGAUACUGACAGGCCCUACCCCGACUGCCCCUACCUGCUGCUGGACGUGCGUGACCUGGAUCAAUACAACUGCUGUCACAUUAUCAGCGCACACAGUUUCCCGAUCGCCCACCUGUCUCGAACAAUGAACCCCUUUUCCAAAGAAGUGCUGGAAUAUAAAAACACAGCAGGGAAGAUCAUCAUUGUGUAUGAUGAGGAUGAGAGAAUAGCCAGCCAGGCAGCCACCACCAUGUGUCAGCGAGGAGUCGAGAAUCUGUUUAUGUUGUCUGGAGGUCUCAAGGUAAUCGCUCAGAAAUUUCCAGAAGGGAUGACGACGGGUUCCUUCCCGACCACUUGCCUGUCGUCUCCCACUUCGUCAAAGUGGAAAAAGAGUUCUGUUCAGCAACAGAUGCAGGCGGCAGAGAUGAGGAGGCGCUUUACAUCAGAUGAGCUGACUAAGAUCCAGGAGCAGCUGGAAGAGAUACUCAUCCCAAGUAAUCAGAGCAGCAGAUCCAGCCGCAUGUCGACCCUCAGCUCCCGCUCCAACAUAUCCGGCGCCGGGAGUCGACUGAGUUCCUCUGCAUCUGGAAGGAACAGUUCCAGGGUUCAAAGCAGUCAACCCUGGAAAUAACCUUCAACGACACAGAUACACAGAACUAAACAUACCUCCGACCAACCAAAUCAGUUGUAAAAUAAUUUACAGAGAAAACCCCACUCUCCAUCUUUCCUUGUGGAGAUUUUAUGCCUAGCUCCAUCACUAUGACAUUCCUAAAAGAGUUAUAGUUUGAUUUCUGCAGCGUCAAACAUUGAAUGUUGAUGUGACAUGAAGGAUGUGCUCGUCUGUAUUGCACAAGUUUGAAUGUAUGUUGCGAUAAUGUGAUCUAUUUUGUAAAAGCAUGAAAGGUUUUGCUGUAUUUUUUUAAUAAGCCUCAUGAGGUCUUAUUUUAACGUGCACAGCAAAUUGUGAACCACUGUAACUGAUUUAAGUGACACCUUCACACAGAUCAACAUGCACAUCACAAAUUCACAGGACCAGAAUGUACAGGCAGCACUUUGUUUCUUAGCAAUGCUUUGGAAAACCGGUAUUGAUUCGUGGCCUUUGGUUCUGUUGGUGAUUUGUUCCUUUGUGCUCGGCUCCUUACUACACUAACACAAUCAAAAUGAAGUGAAUUUGAUUAAGAUAUGGACUAAUUUUGUGCUUUCCAAAUCACGCUUUACUGGUUCUAAUCAGGUGAUCUCAUCACUUGAAUUUGAUGGUUAAUUAAUGUGCACGAAAAAAGUGGAUGAUUGUUUGCUGUUAAUAGUUAUGGUGAAAUUAUCAUUAUUAAAAUGAAAGCUACCUGAAUCA